AUGACUGAAGUUACACCAAUUCAUAAAGAAUCAUCAUCAAUCAAAUGUUUAGCCCUUCAAUGGAUGGGUAAAGAUAAUGUUGAAGUUAAUGAAGUUCCAAAACCUCAAAUUACAGAACCUGAAGAUGCUUUAAUUAAAGUUACAGGUUCUACUGUAUGUGGUAGUGAUUUACAUUUAUAUCAUGGAGAAAUCUUAGAUUUAAGAAAAGGUGAUAUAUUAGGUCAUGAAUAUUGUGGUAUUGUAGAGGAAAUUGGUUCAAAUGUUAAAGAUUUAAAACCUGGUGAUCGUAUCGUGGCAAGUUUCCAAAUUGCUUGUGGUCAUUGUCGUUAUUGUAAACAGAAAUUAACUAGUGGUUGUGAUAAUACAAGUGAUUCACCAAUUCAAAAGGAAAUGUAUGGUGAUAAUUUUGCAGGUAUUUAUGGUUAUGCACAUUUCACUGGUGGAUUUGCUGGAGGUCAAGCUGAAUAUGUUCGUGCUCCAAAAGCUGAUUUUAAUUUAAUGAAAAUUCCUGAUAAUGUCCCAGAUGAAAAAGCUUUAUAUAUAUCUGAUAUUAUUCCAACUUCUUAUCAUAGUGUUGUUUCUGCUGAAGUUAAAUCUGGGGAUAUAGUGGCAAUUUGGGGGUUAGGUCCAAUUGGUAUCUUGGCUGCAAAUUUUGCUAAAUUAAAAGGUGCUAAACAAAUUAUUGGUAUUGAUAAUGUUAAGGAAAGAUUAGAUAAAGUUCAAAAAGUUGUUCCUGGAACUAAAGUUAUUAAUUUUGAUGAACAAAAAGAUGUUGUCUCAGCAAUUCGUGAAAUAGCACCAGGUGGAGUUGAUGCUAGUAUUGAUGCUGCAGCUUUCCGUUAUGCUAAAAGUUUUACAGAUAAAAUUCAAAGAACACUUGGUUUAGAAACUGAUACAUCAGAAUUAAUUAAUGAACAAAUUAAGGCAACAAAGAAAUUUGGUACAAUUUCUCUAGUUGCAGAUUAUGUUGGACUUGCAAAUCAAUUCUUAAUUGGUGCUUUAAUGGAAAAGGGUAUUACAUUAAGAGGUUGUGGACAAGCUCCAGUUCAAAAAUAUUGGAAAGAAUUAAUGUCACGAAUUCAAUCGGGUGAAUUUGAUCCAUCAUUUAUAUUAACUCAUAGAUUUGAUUUUAAAGAAUUUAAAGAAUUAUAUAAAGCAUUUGAUGAAAAAAAAGGUGGCAUUGAAAAAGUUUUCGUUCAAACUAAAUUUUCUAAACCUCCUGCACCUGGAACUCCAAAAUUAACUAAAGUUAGUGAUUUGAAAUGA